GUGCAACUAGUAGGUUGCAGCGAUCAGAAUAGACGCCGCAUGAUGCGCGCAACAUAGAGGCGUCGUCGCUGUGACUUGCGCAGACCACACACGAUGGGGACAUUAGGGUUUCGGAAAUCUGGAAACGGAUUAGGUCAGCUCGGGCUCCUAGUGUCAGUGCUUGUCUCGGGCGCAUGGCACGCGGGAGUUCAGGUGCGGGCGGCGCGCACCGGCAAUCUCAAGGGCGAGAUGUUCGCGAUGUUCGACGCGAAGGACGAGGGCCAGCUGUCAGGCGAUGACUUGCUGCUGCAGUCACUAGAUGACUUGAAGCACCCCAACAAGUUCUAUAACGGGUACAACGAGGUGGACCACUACGUGAAGCAAGGCAACCUGGCGUCGUAUCUGGGGGUGCGGCCAGUGCACGCCAUCCACGUGCCCAUCCCCGUCAACCUCAUCUUCAUCGGAUUCAAUGGCACCGGCAACCAGGGCAUCAGCAUGCGUGAGGCGGACAUGCGGCGGUGGCUGGAGCACAUGGACCACGUGGAGGAGCACACGCGCUCACCGCUCAACUGGCACACGCACGUCACACGCCUGGCACACGCCAUGGGGGCGCGCGGGGCCGUGGGGGGGAGAGUCGUGGUGGGCGAUGAGGAUGACGAGGAGGAGGAGGAGGUGGAGGCAGAGGGGGCGGCAUUGGAGCAUGAUCUGCCGUUGAUCAGCAACGUGCAUUACAACUACACGAUCCACGUGAUGGAGAUGGGCGAGCGCAUGGGCGCCGUCUUCGAGUCUGCUGUCAGGGCGCUCUCCCGCCUCGACGACCCCACCGCUGCCCCCGCCCACCUGGACGACGACGACGACCCGCCCGAUGCCACCGCGCACCCCCACCCCUCCUCCUCAUCGUCGUUGUCAUCGUCAUCAGCACAGCCCCCCCUGUACCAGGUGGACAUGGAGGGCAUGGCGCACGUGGUGGACAACCUGCUGGACUCGCUGCAGCUCGAUGCCGUGGCGUACAACAUCAUUGUGCUUAAUCUGAACCACGCUCGCACGAGGCGCCGAUACGGCUACAGGCUCGGUCUGUCCACUGCGGAGUUCAACAUGCUCCAGGCGGACGACCGGAGGCGGCAGCACCUGCUGUCACCAGGCCUGGAGAAAGUGCCGCAGGUGCUGGAUGUGGGCCAUGUGCCGCAGCCGCUCUUCUCCUCGCGCCCGGGCCACAAGCUGGCGUGGCACCACAUCCAGCCGCAUGAGAUUCUGCCAUGGGCGUCGCGCUUCUCGUCCCUCAUCGGCUCGCUGGACCGCGUGGUGAACGAGCGGUCAGACGCGCGGGACAACGCGGCGCGCAAGGCGCAGCAGAUGCUCACCACGGGCGACCCCCGCCGCGCGCACGCCCUGCGCACCGCACUGGGGGAGCAUGGCAGUGAUGGCGGGGGUGGUGCCAGCUGGCAUGAGCAGUGCCUGACUGACACGUGGAUUGGCAGCCGCAGGUGGGCGCUCAUCGACCUCUCUGCUGGCCCCUUCUCCUGGGGCCCGCUCCCUCCCCCUUCUGUGCCCGCUGCUGCUGCUGCCACCCCCACUGCACGUUCCAAGAGGUCUGCUGCUGGUGCAGGGGCUGCUGCUGGCGGUGCUGGUGCUGGUGCUGGUGCUGGUAGUGCAGGCGUGAAUGGCAGUAGCAGUGGGGUGGAGAGCGCAUGGAGCAGCAGCAUGGUGGGGGUGGGUGCUAGUGCAGCGUGGGGGGUGAAGUCGGAGUCCAGCCUGCCCUCUGUGGACCGGUACUUCGAUGCCAUCUCCCACGCCGCCACUGCAGAGGCGUCGGAGGGCGAGCUGAUGGGGCAUCUGGCGCGCAUGGCGGAGGAGCGGUUGGAAGCGGUGGAGGUGGGUGAGGAUGCGCAGCACGAGGUGGACGUGCUGCUCGCGGAGAUGGAUGUGUAUGACGCCUUUGCUGACCGCCAUUGCAGAGGGCGGGUCUCAAAGAGCGCGCUGUGCCAAGAGCUGCUGCAGAAGCUGGAGGACGCCAAGGACCACCUCGCCAUGCAGGGCGGCAGGCCCGCCACUGGCAGCAUGCUCACAGGGGCCAGCGUGCGGGCGGCACUGGAGCGGCUGCACAGCUGGAAGUUCCAAUCGGUGCCGCCCGACAGGCAUGCGGGCAAGGAGGACGAGGGCGGCAGCAGCCCCGCGGUGACAAGGGCGUGGGACAUGCUGAUGGCUGAGCUGGCAGCCAGCCUGUCGUCCGCCAUGCGCCACGUCAUCACGCCGUCCACGGCUGCUGGCGCGUACCACUUCUACGAGCGCGUGUCGUUCCACCUCUACGUCAUCUCGCACCAGCCUUACUACGAGCGGCGCCACACCCCGCAGUACGUGGACGACUUCAAGGCGGAGGUGCAGAAGCUGAGCCUGCCGGGCCAGCACUUCCAGUUCACCACGUACAGGCUGUCAGUGGCGGAGGACGCCGCCCUCGCCACGGCCUUCUCCUCCUCGCUGCGCGCCGCCGUCUCGCCCGCACACCCCCUCCUGCCCGCCUCCGGUGCGGGCAACGACUCUGCUGGCAGUGCGGGGGGCGGGCGCGUGCAGCUGUACCUGGACUCGCGGGUGCUGCAGCACCAGCUGCGGUCGCUGGGGGACGACAGCCUGCACCGAUUGAAGCGCACGCGGGGCGAGCGCGCGCUGCUGGACGUGCCGGUGUUCUUCUUCGCCCUUGCAUCCGAUCCCAUCCUCAUCGACCAAUCGCUGCUCGCCAAGGCGCUGCCCGACAUGGUGCUGUCGGUGCAGCUGGCGCAGCCGCACUGGCCCACCGGCGUCACUUGCAACGGACGGGAGAUGCACGCUGACCUGCGCGACCCCCUGGCGGCGGUGCUAGCGGCCACCAUGGAGCACCUGGCAGGGCUGCUGCCAGCUCACCUCUCCUUCUCCACCGCCCACUCUGCUGUCACCCAGGACUGGCGGUGGGCGGCGGGGGGCCAUCCCCUGGCGGCCAUAGGCGGGGGGUUGCUGGGGGGUGGCGGGGCGUCAAGCGCGCGGGUGUCGGUGCUGCAGCGCGACGCCAUGGCGCGGUCGUUCGUGGUCACGGCGCUGGACGAGGCGGUGGCGCGGGUCAACAGAGCCGUGGCCACGCUGGCUGCUGAGACCACCCACGAGGACACGUACGCGGUGUUCAAGCGGUGGGAGCGCGCGCUCUCAGCGCAGUACAACGCGGUGGUGGAGGGGUGGCGGCGCGUGGCAGCGGCCGUGGAGGCCAUGGACUACGGGGGCGCCGUGGGGCUGCUGCCGGCGGUUGAGAGCUCUGCUGCCAGGUGGGAGCAGGAGGUGUGGGAGGUGGUGGCAUCGCUGCACCCGGCGCGGUGCACAAAGCAGCGGCGCGUGCAGGUGGGGCGAGGGGGGCUACUGCCACUGCUGUGCCUCCUCUCCCUGCUGCUGCUUGUGCUGCUGUGCCUGCUGCUAAGGAGGCGCAAGAUCAAACCCAAGGUGAACUAGAGCCAGGAGAAUUGUGGUUGUGGCAGCGGAAUUGCCAUUCAUGCGGAAUUGUGGCGCACGUGUGAUCCAGGUCGUCUGCUGUAUGGGGAUGCAGGAAGCAUCUAGUUUGCUGCAGUCUUGAAAUUAGACAUGGAACAGAAACCACAUUCUGAAGCAGCUACAACCCAAUAAGGGCUUUUUUCUGCACAAAACACAAAAAACAUUGAGCAGUGAUAUGCAAAGACCAUGUUGCACAGCAGGCAGGCCUGGCAAGCAUGGGUGGUGUCCAGUGCAGCGCAGCGCCACUGCCUGCCACGGCUCAAGCUGAAAGCAUGCUCAGGGGCGACCGGCCGUGGAUCCUACAGUGUGCGUGGGAGGGAGCCCUGCAGAGUGCCCACUCAAAGCAUGUUGGAAAUAUCUCAAGGACUUAAGCGUUUCUGAAGUGUAACACUGUACUCGAGGAAGAUUACAGGGGAGCACGCGAGUCAACGGAGGUUACACGAGGGGGCGGACAAAGAAUGUGAAAGGACUCGAAAGGUCGCAACUGGAGGUUGCGACUGACCGUUACAACAUCACGGAUGGUAACCGAAGCGGCAAUCGAGUCGCUGUGCGACUCGAUAAACCGUUCCUGUAACUGUAUUCUACAACUGCUUUCUUAUCUACUAUAUAUUGCUGUAUGCUUGUUUCUUUAAUCAAUCACUUGUUCUCACAUACUAGUACAAGGGUUCAACCGUCUCAACUUCCGCUGCACUACUCCAAGUCUCAAGUCUCUACAAGCUGGGACUUAGUCUCUGCAAAAGAUCCUAAGGGCUUUUCUC